AAAUGGUGGAGAAAUAGUAUAGCAGGCAAGUGAAUUAUAUCUCAAGCAACUAUUCGCCAUCGUUGAUGGUCGCACAUCGUCGUUUGAUCUCUCUGCGUCACAUAUUAACCAGUAAUGGCGCAUUAUUGUGCUUAAUAAAGUUAUCGAGUGGACAAACAAUCAAGUGCAUUCGACGUACAAUAAUUAAAAGAUAAAACAAAGCAAUAAAAAAAAAUGUCAUCAGCUCAAGUAGAUCGCACUUCAAAAGUCGGUCACGUGGGAAAAAAAGAAAAUGAGAAAACCCGCAAAAUGUUUAAUCAAUCACGGCAUUUUAAAUUUUCUCGUAAACGGCUGCAAAGUUUUACCGGCGGUAAUGCAAAUAAAUUUUUUCCCCCAUACAAGAGGCGUAAAAAAGAGGGAGGAAUAAUUCCACCAACAAAAUUUUUACUAGGCGGUAAUAUUUGCGAUCCACUAAAUUUAAAUAGUAUGCAAGAUGAGGAAAUAAACCGGGCUAUGAAUGCUGUCACACCUAAAUCAAGUCCAUUGCCUACACCAAAACACCGCAAAGGUAUAAUUGAAGUAAUAAUACCGCCAAAUAUAAACGAUCCACUUAGUCUAAGUAACUGCAAUGAUGAUGAGUACGAAAAACAAUUAAUUUCUCCAACAAAAAAAUUUUCAAAGCGGCGCAACCGUAAGCGCAAACGCGCGUCCUCGGGUUCUGGUAAAGAAGACGUCAGCCACAGCGGCAGCGAAACAACAGAAGUUAAAUCCGAUGAAAUAUUUUUACUGCCACCAAUAGAAUCACAAAAAUUUCGCGUAUCAUCAUCCUCAUCAUCAACAUCAUCAUCAUCAGAGCCACCAACAGUACCAGCAAUAACGUUAAGUACUCCGGAACUAUCAUCAGAAAUACCGGAAAUACCACCAGCUUUGUUAUCGAGAACUUGCUCAGUAGUAUCUUCAAUGGAAGACGAACUGACAGAAAUUAUUUCAACUGAACCAGAGUUUCCUGAAGCAGACCCAGCUUCCUCACCAGUUACGUCAUUGCCAUCGUCUCCAGUUGCUGAAAUGACACCUACACCUACACCCCAGCAAUCUGUCAAAGAUACAGAAAUUAAAAUACCGCAGCCGCAGUUGCUAAAUCAACAGGUCAAAGACUCCAAAGUUAAUCAACCGCAGCAGCAGCAAAUUAAAGACAAGGAUUCGAAAGAUAAAGAAACAAAAGUUGAAGCACCGAGUCCUCAAAAAGAUAAAAAUAAGUUGCGAUUAAAAGGACUAGAAAUAGAAACUAAAGAUAAACGAGUACGCAAAUUGGAUAUUAAAGAUAAAAUAGUAAGUCCAGUUAUACCGCAACCGGGCGCUUGGAAAACGAGACCGCCGCAUAGACCCAAUCAGGACAAGAAGAAAAAAGGAUCACAGACGGGAUUGAUUAUUCCGAAAUUCCGCGAGAAAAACUCGCGUUAUCAGUACGGCAAUUAUGACCGUUACUAUGGAUAUCGCAAUCCGCAUCAUGAAAUAGACCCGCGACUGACAGUUUUCGCGCAACGCAAAGAAUUGUUUUACAACAAAGAUAUUCUUGACAUUGGGUGCAACAUCGGACAUAUUACGCUAUCAGUGGCACGAGAUUUAGCGGCCCGCAGUGUCACUGGCAUUGAUAUUGAUCGAAAGUUGAUUGGUAUUGCGAGAAGUAACAUAAAACAUUAUGUUAAUUGUGUGAGAUCACCGGCUAGCAAUGAUGACAAUGGCAACGCAACUAAUGACUGCGAUUCUAGUUUCUUCCCGAUGUCUAUGCCAAUUAAUUACGGGCCUAUUGAUGUACCGGGCUUCACCAAAAAUAAAAACCAUAAAGGAUUUCCGUAUAAUGUUACAUUUGUCCAGGGUAACUAUGUACUAGAAGAUGAUUCCCUAUUGAAAUCAGAGCAGCCACAAUUCGAUACAAUUCUCUGUCUCUCAAUCACUAAAUGGAUUCAUUUAAAUCACGGUGAUUCGGGAUUGAAGCAGGCAUUCAAGCGCAUGCACGCUCAGUUACGUCCCGGUGGGGUAUUAGUAUUAGAAGCACAAAAUUGGCCAAGUUACGGCAAGAAAAAAGGACUAACCGAACGGAUUUACCGAAAUUACCACAGUAUAGAAUUUUUUCCCCAAAAAUUCACCCAGUAUCUGAUAUCACCAGAGGUUGGAUUCACUCAGUGCGAAGUCGUGUCAAUUCCACCUCACCCGUCAAAAGGUUUCCAACGGCCAAUUCAAUUGUUCACCAAAGCAGGAACGAGUCCCGCGUCACGUACAAUAGCAGCACCAUCAUCAACAAUAACCCGUUUCGUAGCGCGCGCCCAAGAAAAAAAAGAUUCCGAAAUCCGGGCAUUCGAGCGCGAUUUGUUUCCCAUAAUUAAGAGCCCAGCGAGUAAACUAUGCGGUAAUUUAUCUAAUUUAAGUCAACGUAGCAGCGAAUCAAUGAGUAGUCACUACGAUCAAUUAGAAAACGUUUACGCGCCGAGUUCGACUCCGUGCUACGACACCCCGAGUCAUAACGACAACAGUCAGUCGGCAUUUGAACCCGAAAAAAUGUGUUACGUUGAUGUCGGUACUGUCAGUAAUCAAAACAUUAAAAUUUAUGAUAAUUUAACUGUCCAGCAACAAACCAGUGACUGCAAUGACGUCACUAAGACCGAUGACGAACGUAAAAGAAAAAAUAAUGAGGCAAAUGAUCAUGCUGAUGAUGGCGGGAAAAGAAAAAAAAUUAGUGAUGAUCAAGUUGAAAAAAAUCCGAUAAAUUUCACACCAAAGGAAAAUUAUAACAUAGAAAAUUUAGAUGGAGAAUUAAACCAACAGAUAAAAAGUAAUUCAGGGAAAGAUUCGAGUAAUGAUGAAAUAAUUACAGAUAAUACAUAAAUAUUAUUUAUGUUGUUAAUUGGUAGUAAUAAUUAUUCAUUAAGGUGCUUAUUUUAUUGUACGUUUUUUUUCUGUUUAUUUUUCAUAUUCAUUUCAUAUGGAAAAAU